AUGGCCAAUUCAAAGAACAGUGAUGAGUCAAAAGCCUUCGCACACCUGGACUGGAGAGUGCCAAUAGCUGCUUUCCAGCACGAAGUGAGCCGUGAGAAUGGGCCAGACUAUUCGAGAUGGAAGGUGACAUCAGUCACGUGGGUCAAAGCUUUAGCAUCGCACAUGAGCCACGAAUUUGUGCAAUUUGUGGUUCAUAACGUUGAGACUGGGGAGAGAUGCAGAAUGAUCGCGGAUCGACAAGAGACUGGAGACUGGAUUAGAAUCAUGUCCAAUCCCAACGGGCCGAUCGAAAUGAGUGACAUGUUCACAGGCCUGGCAUCGGGUACGCCUGCUUCUCAAGGUCAAAGGACACCCUACACCGAUCGACACAUGCUGCCGCUUCCUCUUGUGUCGGUGGUGUUCAAGUCGCUCCUGGAGGCUCCGAAUCUGAGGAGGAUGGCGCAUCUUCUCUCAGAGGUCAGCAGUAGACGCAAGGAGUAUAAUCCGCUCCGAGAGCACUGCUGGUGGUUUUCGGAGAACGUGAUAUUCGAAGCGUCGACGGUGCCCACGGCACAGCUCAAGGAAUGGCCUUGGAGUCGAUGGCGUUACAGUUUCGUGAUCGUUAAUAAAUAUAUUCGGCGACACAGGCUGGAGGUUGCAGCAAGGCAAUUCGAGGAGCAUUGCCUGAGAGAGUUCGAGUAUUGA